UGAGCGGCGAGCGAGCGGCGGCGGCGGGGGCUCCGCCGCAGCGACGCGGGCCGGGGCGAGCGCGAGCGAGUGCUGGACGCGCGGCCCCUGCCCCCAGCGCAGCCCGCGGGGGCCCGGGACCCCUGGGCCUGGCCGCCGGCCGGCCGUGCGCCGAGUUCAGCUGCCACCGGCACGGCCAGGCCAGCAUGGUGGACCACUUGCUUCCAGUGGACGAGACCUUCCCGUCACCGAAAUGCCCGGUUGGUUAUCUGGGUGACGGGCUGGCUAGCGGGCGGGCGUACCACAUGUUGCCCUCGCCCCUCUCAGAGGAUGACAGUGACGCCUCCAGCCUCUGCUCCUGCGCCAGCCCCGACUCGCAAGCCCUCUGCUCCUGCUACAGCGGUGGCCCAGGUGCCGAGGGCCAGGAAAGCAUCUUGGACUUUCUGCUGUCCCAGGCCACGCUGGGGGGAAGCAGUGGCUGUAGUGGCAUUGGGGCUAGCAAUGGCCCUGUGUCCUGGGGGACCUGGCGGAAGGCAUCAGCAUCUGUGAAGGGGGAACAUUUCUGCUUCCCCGAGUUUCCUGUGGGCGAACCCAAUGACAUCCCGAGGCCCUUCCAGCCCACCCUGGAGGAGAUCGAAGAGUUUCUGGAGGAGAACAUGGAGCUCGGGGUGAAGGAGGCCCCGGAGGGCAACAGCAAGGACUUGGAGGCCUGUGGCCAGCUCUCUGCUGGGCUACACAGGAGCCACCUCCAUCCCGGGUCCGGCGGGAGAGAGCCAGGUGCUGGUGCCGGCAGCAGCCAGGGCCCAGGAGGGGGGCCGGCUCCCGAGGGCCCCAUCCCCGUCCUGCUGCAGAUCCAGCCUGUGCAGGUGAAACAGGAGUCUGGUGCGGAGCCCGCCUCCCCGGCGCAGGCCCCAGAGGGUGUCAAGGUGGCCCAGCUCCUGGUCAACAUCCAGGGGCAGACCUUCACGCUUGUGCCCCAGGUGGUGCCCUCCUCCAGCUUGAACCUGCCUUCCAAGUUCGUGCGCAUUGCCCCCGUGCCCAUCGCUGCCAAGCCCAUUGGGUCAGGACCCUUGGGGCCUGGCUCCACCAGCCUCCUCAUGGGCCAGAAGUUCCCCAAGAACCAAGCGGCAGAACUCAUCAAAAUGCACAAGUGCACUUUCCCUGGCUGCAGCAAGAUGUACACCAAAAGCAGCCACCUCAAGGCCCACCUGCGCCGGCACACAGGCGAGAAGCCCUUCGCCUGCACCUGGCCGGGCUGCGGCUGGAGGUUCUCACGCUCGGAUGAGCUGUCCCGGCACCGGCGCUCACACUCAGGCGUGAAGCCCUACCAGUGCCCCGUGUGCGAGAAGAAGUUUGCACGCAGCGACCACCUCUCCAAGCACGUCAAGGUGCACCGCUUCCCCCGCAGCAGCCGUUCAGCCCGGCCCUGAACUGCGCGCCCACCCUGCCUACCCUGCCUGCCCUGCCCGGUACUUCGUAGCAAUAAUUUAUUGGCCUCCUUCAGAGGGACGUGAUAGUGCUGCCAAGUCACCUUCUGGAGCCCGGGGGGUGUGAACCCAGAGCCUCCACCUGCUGCCUCCUUGGGGAGACUGCGGGCCACCUGCUCCGGGCUGGAGGCAGCCUUCCUGCCUUUGUGCCUUCCCGCCGCCCAGCCUCGCUGGAGCAGCGCUGGGGCCUGGCCCAUCUCCCACUGGGCUCCCUGCCGGGGCCGAAGCUGGCACUUUAUUGCUGGGGAAGAAGAAAUGUGAAGUUUUGAAAUGCCAGUUCCCAGAGGGAGCCAUGCUGGGAAGAAGGAAGUAGGCCAAAAGUCCAGGCUGUACUGUGGUGUGAACGUGGCUUUGUCCAAGAUGCCUUGCUCAGCCUGACCAGCAGAGGGUACAGGCAGGGCGGUCAGGGGUGCGGGACCGGGCCUCCAAGUGGAGGUGGGAUUGGGGUAAAGCCUUCUCUUUGGGGGGUGGCAGUGCAUGUGCUUGAGUUAGAUGUGCAGGGCAGACAGGAGGGUGCAGGUCAGCCCCAGAGCGCCUGUACCAGGCAUGGCUCAGCCCCUCAUCCUGUGUCCAGACAAGUCAGGACAGCAGUCUCCAGGGCCACCUUCAGGAGGAGAGGGGAGCAGCUGCACUGCGUGUAGAAGAGCUGGGGGGCCUCCCAGCUCUGACUUAGACAUGCAUUCCUUAUUUUGUCUAGAAAUUAAUGUCAAAUGAACUAGCUUGUUUUGAGGGGUUUAUUUCACAUCCUAUGAAUGUAUGUAAAUAAAAUGUACAUAGGUACAUCUACAUAAAAUCUUUUAAUAACAUAUCAACCUUGUGUAAAUUUGAAAUUAAAAAAUCUAUAAAGCUGGUGUACAUAUGUUACAAUUAUGUAUAUUUUCUUUGGUCCUUCAUAAAAAUAUAUUUACUUUGCCAAUAAAAAGAGAAAAGAACUCA